UGCACGGCAUCCCGUGUAUAUUACGUUUGGGUAAUUCCGGUCUGGUCCAAUGUGGACACAAGAGUCCCGUGGCUACUACUAGAAGCUGAAGGCCAAAGACCAACAGGAACACGAACAAAAUAGUUGGGAAGAUCAGAUAGAGACCGUACCAAUGGCAGAGUUCUUCCCCACCGACGUCCUCGUCGAGAUCCUGCUUCGGCUACCCUCGUGCGCCCGGCGGCGAUCCCGCCUCGUCUGCCAGCUCUGGCGCGACACCGUCGACACGCGCACCACCACCGAGAUCCGCCCUAGGACGGUCGUCGCCACCAAAGAAUCUGUACACCUCAUCGAGGACCUACCGUCAUCGUCAUCGGACAGUAGCCCUACCGGGAGCAGAGACCUGUGGGCCGGCGACGCCUUCAAGGGCAUGCACCUAGUUGGCACCUGCAACGGCCUCGUCUGCAUGUGCGACAACCGAUUCAGACACCGGCAAAAGCCCGGUGGAAGCAUCACCCUGGCCAAUCCGGUCACCGGCGAGGCGCUGGCCAUACCACCGCUGCGGCAUGCCAAAUACUCCUGGUGCUCGUACCUGAUGUAUGGCUUCGGAUACCAUCCCGCGACGGGUCGGUACAAGGUCGUGCACGUUCCCUACUUGUCCGACAGGGUCUCUGUCUUCACCCUCGGGGAGGCGGCCUGGAGAACUGUCGCCACAGGCAGUCCAAAAGAGACCUACGACGUUAACACGGGCAUCGUGAGCGUCAACGGCGCAGCGUACUGGGCUGUGAAGGAACCUGCUGCAAAGGUCGUCUCCUUCGACCUCGGCAACGAGCACAUCACAUACAUCAGGCCUCUCCCCGACGAGUUGUCCAGACCAGGCUGCUGGCGCCUUACAGAGGUGCGCGGGAGGCUGGGCAUCGCCUUCAGCCAGGAUGACAAGACGGAGGUGUGGGUCAUGGAGCAAUGUACAUGGAGCCGCUGGUACAGCGUGCAGAUGAACAAGCAUCAGCUCACACAUCCAAACUUUACUUACCACGGCGACCACGUCUUGACGAUGCAAUGGCAGCCAGGGAGAGGUUUAGUACUACACAAACACAAGCCGAGCGACGGAGGAAACAAGACACAGCGCGUUGUGGUAGAGAUAGACGAAAGGAACGAGGGGACGGUGGUUGCCGAAUUCAAAACAAACUACAGCAGCCACCAGACCUUCGCCUACGUCGAGACCACAGAACCUUUGAGUGUGUAUCAACGAAAAAAAUAG